UGGCGACGGGACAGACGAAGCUUUGCCCGUGAUUUUCUAAAGCGGUGUCUAUAUCAAGGCGGAAAUAUACUUUUGAGGAGUGUGAACAUGGAUGGUGAAGGUGAUGGUGGAGAGGAAGGUCUUAAUGCUGCCGCCGGGGCCUGGACCACUGCCACGUACCAGACCCAAGAGCUGAGUAACGUUGUGCACAUCAUUGUCCCUGACCUUACCUGCAUACCUCAAAGUCAACCAAAUGAUGCCCUUGCAACAGCCUUGAGUGAGGUAGCCAAUGGUGGUGGUCUGGUGGGACAUGAUGAAACUGGUGCCUCUCAGGUGAAGGACCCACUGUCAGCCCUGGCAGCUGCGGCAGAACUCGACCAAGUUCGAAAUGACGUUGCUGUUGUGGAGCACAUGAUGGAAGAAACAAAGUACAGUCACCUGACAAGUGAUAUGGGUGGUGCAGAGCAACAAGGUGUUGCAGUCAUGGCAGAUGAUGCAGAUGGAAUGCAUCAUGGAGUUGUAGUCAAUCUACAAAUGGAGCAAAAAGUGCUGCCCAUAGUGCCACUGCCACUUGCUCCUUUCCUGCAACCUGAUGACCCUGAUGGAGUGUUUUAUAAUGAGGUCUACCACUACCUUAGUUCUGGCACCUUCCCGGAGGGGGCUACAGAUGUCUACAAGAAGGUCAUCAAAAAGCGCGCCACAAAUUACUUGAUAAAUGAAGAAAGAAGAUUGUCAUAUGGUCAUAAGAUGCCAAAGGAAGUUAUAACUAGUGCUGAGAACAACGACACAUCAUAGAGCAGAACAUAUUGACC